GAGCGGAAUACUUUAUACAAAGUGCUUUCUCUCUCCCUACUGGUUCUAUUCAACGGUUUUGGCUAUUGUAAACCUUCAGGUCUCUCCGAUUACACGUAUGCUGAAAAUGCUACCCAAAUUGUGGACGAUGAAGUCAGUCGCCUUACCUACGUCAAAAUUGGCAUCGCGAUUGGAAUGUUCGCUAUUACGGCAGCAGCCUGUUCUUUUCCAUUUAUUGUGAUAAGCUGUAUAACACGUCGAAUCUGUUCCCGACGUUGUUUCGGAUCUAGGAGCUCUGCAUUGAACUCGCCCAGCUAUGCUUCGGGAACUGAAGAAGUUGAUGCCGCCUCUCCGACUUUCCUUCUUGAUCCUCAGGCCAAUGAAUCCGAUGACGUACUUUUAACUCGGAAUUCAGACUCCCACAGAUCUCGCAACCACCACGUGGGUAGUAGAAGAAUCUCUCUCUACGACGUGGAUAGUCAUGAGAGUAGUUCAGUCUCUCGGGAGAAUUCACAUCGUCUUAAUAUGACCAACAGUGGGGCAAGCGGCACCGACGUUACAGAUACGUUGAAUGGACGUGAGGAGAUAAAUGGGAAUGGGGCGAUUUCGCCGUCUACUGCUGCUUCUAUCAGGACUACUCGAAAAAUGUCACAGCGACGCAACCGACUACUGAAGACUUGGGCAAGUCGUAUCAACUGCUUUGCUGCUGGAAUUUUCCUUACAACUGGUGAGUGGCAAAUGAGCUUAUUCCUGUCGAGUCUUGUCUUUAUAACUUAUGCUUGGCCAUCCAAAUCACUGUGCAUCGAUCCCGUGACUGUGUGCAUUAAACUGCUCGGAAUUCCAGUAUGGAACUUUGGUCUUAAGCUGUGUAUGGCACUUCUUGUCAGUCCGCAUCGAUCCGAGUUUGCAAUUCUCUGUGGAAUGGACAAGCCCCUUGUAAAAAUGUGGGCAAACUAUGCAUUAUUUCCUGCGCUAAUGGCCGGUCUUCUGUUUAUAGGCCUAAUGGAUCUCUUCCCUGAUGUGAAUGACGCAAUUGAGAUUGCUUUGAGUGCUCUUAAAAUCAAUACACACUACCCCUUCGCGGCCCUCUUCACUCUAUUCGGAUUUUUCAUGGUAUUGACAAUAGAACAGGGUGCCCAUGUCUGCCACAGAAAGCAUCGAAGUAUACCCACCUCCGAUGCAGACGCCCCCCACAACCACCACGAACACGGCGGUGGUCACUCGCACCAUAAUGAAAUAAUUUCUGAAGCUGCGAUUGGCACCUCGACCUUUCAGGUCAUGCUCUUACUUAUCUCCCUCUCCGUCCAUUCUGUCUUUGAAGGCCUUGCCGUGGGUUUACAACGAAGUGUAUCUGAAGUGGUCGCACUGUUCUCCGCCCUUCUACUUCAUAAACUUAUUAUGGCCGCUAGUAUAGGUUUCUCUUUGGCGACAUCACAUCAGCAACAAGUGGGUGGAAUCGCGCGUUCUCAAUGGAUGGGAGCCCUCUUUUUCUCCCUAGCCUCUCCUAUUGGCGUUUUAAUCGGUUGGCCCCUCAUUGCACAGCGGUCCUCGCCGGCCCUCCUUAUGGCUAUUGCAGUUCUCCAAGGUCUGGCCUGUGGCACUUUCUUCUUCGUUGUGUUUUGUGAGAUGCUUCCACGUGAAUUUGGUGAGAACGAGAAGGUGGGCAUUAAGGACAGAUUUGGGAAGAUUGUUUCCCUCAUUUUGGGCUUUGCUCUCAUUGCCAUUUACAUUGCCCUUGGACCGGAGUGA